GUCCAAGACUGGGCUUUUGCAGCAGUGCAAGGACCAGGCCGUGACGGUGACCCCCUUAAAUGCAGCAUCUGUGGAUCUGUCUACCACUUACGUGCCAGAUGCAAUCAGCGCCCUGGAGGAAAGGGGAGCCAUGCACUUUGCCACGUUUGAGCCUUCAGAUGCGUCAUGGCAGAACGUGACCACUCCAAGGCCCGAGCCUCAGGCACCAAGCUGGUGCACGAACAUGCAAGCAGCUUUUGGCCAGAUUCAGGCUAGUCGGGCCCAAGCCUCAGCCAGCAGCACUGAAUCUACCUUUCCCCGGAUCUCAGAGCCUCCUCCUGUGCCAGAAGCUUUUCGCAGACUCGGUGCGAUUCAAUCCCAACAGCAGCGCAGCGCCCCAGCAGCCUUUCAGGUUCCUCCGUCAGCGCAGCUCACAGGUCAGGUUGAGGUGCCUCCGUUCAGCUUGCCUAGUCCGCCAGUAGGACAUACGCUGCCUGCAACUCCUGCCAUUAGCGGGACAGAGCUGCCAUCAUCCGUUGGAGUGUUCGCCCAGGUGCAUGCAUUACGCUCAGCACACCGCAGAGAGCGCCGUGCUUCAGACGCACAGGCAUCCAGCCAGACAACCUCCGCAGGAUCACCACAGCCUUUCCGCGGUCAUGUAGCCUCUUGUACUAUCUGCCUCAGUGAAUACACUGCUGGUGAUCAAGUGUGCAGGCUAAGCUGUGGGCACAUCUUUCAUGCGCUAUGCAUUGGAGAGCAUUGCCAGCAUAGUGCGGUGUUCGACGACAUAAGCGAUGACAUGAGCUUACAGUGCCCCAACUGCCGUGCCGGUGUCACCAUCAGCCGCUCAUGGCGCGUUCCCGGUCCAACAAGGACAGCCUCAGGAGACACUGACCCUGCUGCAGGAAGUUCCUAUGACCCGAGCACAAGCCAGCAUCACCUUGCGUCUCCUGAAGUGACAAGGCCACUGGACUCAGAAGAAGAAUUCCUAUCCCCUAUGGAUGAGCAGCAGCACAUAUCAGGGGAUGCAGCAUAUCCAUGGUGGCCUGUGCCUGAUGUGCACGCCAGCACAAGCUCUGAGGAUCAAGGCAAGCCCAGCACGGAAUCCUCAGCACAAGCAUAUCACAGCAGUGUGAAGCUGAGCAGCGGGAAGGUUGGCCUGUUGGUGGAUCCGGGGUCCUACGGAAAUUUGGAGAACAGGGCACUCUUAGAUCUCGAGAAGAACCUGUUGCAUUUCAUGGGCGAUGGCGAGCCUACCAUCAUCCUUCCAAAAGGCCCACACGAAGGGGACCACCAUCUAUUCAUUGACGAGGCACAGCCCAGCGUGUUGCCUGUAGCUGUGGACGAAGCAGGGGCCGGCAAUGCUAUAGCAUGUCAUGCGACUGCAGCAGAGCUUGAGCGCAUGCGUGCAGAAGAAGACCUCUGCCAAAGUGUGCUUGCCAACUUUAGCGUUGACGCUGCGCGACAGUGUGUGUGUGUGACCUUGCAGCCUCGUGGCAAGAACAGUCAAAGCCUCCAGCACAGCAGCGUCAAAGCGCCAGUGUUGGUUCGCGCCCUGGCCCCUCGCACUAAGUUUUCGGCCAUUGCGGUCAGUGCCGACGCUGUCUGCCAGGAGCACACUGACAAAUUCAACUCCGGGAGCAACACCAUAAUCCCAUUACGUAUGCCUGCGCAUGGAGGUGGGAUAUGGACCCAGCUUAAGAAGGGUGAUAACAUUCAGGGAGAAAUUGAAGUGCGUAAUGUACAGGGGAAGCUCGUUGCAGGCCAGAACCUCUCCCUGCAAGAGGGAGUGCCUCUCACCCUGGAUCCCAAGGUCCUUCACGCAACACAGCCUUGGUCACGCGGCCACCGCGUGAUCAUCAUUGCCUACUGCUCGGGCAGUCUGCGCAAAGCAAGUCAGGUGGAGGUCAACCACUUGUGUGAGUUGGGGUUUGCACUUCCAGUCACCUCGGUAAUUGCAUGCCCAGUCUCCGCGCCAACCACAGGUGUGCCUUCUGCAGAGAGCGAGACUGCGCAAUCUUGUCAACAGCAGCCAUCCCAGGAGGUGCCAGAGGUGAAGGGCGUAGAAGCCCAGGCUACCAGUGAAGCACGUCCAGUCACCUCAGCAAUUGCGUCAUCUGUGGGCAGCUUUGUGCGCAGGGUGCUGUUGAUCACUCUUUUCCAAUCCACAGUUGCAGCGUUCAUGAGCAACCACUGGGUCAUGAGUGCAGGUGCCAGCCUGGCACAGUUCACGACUUCGACCUUGAUGCGACCAGAGGCCAAGUCGGAAGUGCAAGAGCACGCUCACGCGCAGCCUGUUGAUGUGAUCGCCGGGUCACUGCCAAAUUCAGACGUUAAUGACAAAGUUGCUGAAGCCAUCUCGUUGCAUUCCCACGCAGAGCCCAAUGUAACGCAAGAAGGUUUUCCAACCGAACAGAAAAUUAAGCAGCGGCAGCAUGUCCAAGACAUGAAGGCGCAAGGCAAGGAGGUACAUGUCAAGCGAAAGAAGCACGUGGUAGAGCAGCAUUUCGAUGACUGUGGCGAAAGUCUCUCCAGCCUGACCAGCAACCGCGCCACAGCUACUAGUGCCAUGUUCGCCAUUGAUUCGUCAUCAGCCUCAGAGGAUGAGAUGUCUGACUUUGCUGAAUGGGCCACUGACACAGUGCUGAGCUCCUUUGUGCAGUGGUCCAUGUUGGGAUCAGAAGUUGCACUGCCUCCUGAGCUCCACCCGAAAGCUAUGUUAGCAGUUGACCUAGUUGAAAUGGUUUCCAUAUUGCAGUCUCCUCAGUUUGCCAGCUGGGGAGUAGAAAUAGUGGAAAUUUGUGGAGGUGAAGGUGUAACAUCACACUUGUGCGUGAAGAGGAAGCUUCGUUCCGGCCAUAAUUUUGAGCUCCUCACAGGCACAGACUUGACAGUGCCUGAAACGCAAUCCCGAGUUCUUGCUUAUUUGGAAAUUGCCAAGCCACUUGUAGUGGUGAUGGCGCCUGUAUGUGGGCCAUUUGGGCCUUUGAGCCACCGAAAUCGAAUCAUCCAUAGGGAAGCCUGGGAAGCAUCCAUGCGCAAGGCAGUACCGCUUGCUGCCUUCUGCGGCAGGAUCGCAGCCUUUCAGGAUGACCAUCACAGAUUUUACUUGAUUGAGCAGCCGUAUCCCUCAAAAUUAUACGAAGUAGACCCGUGGCCAGCUAUCCGACACCGCGCUUCUUGUCAUCGAGUGAUCUUUCACCAGUGUCGGGUAGGCCAGCGCAUAGCCAAUUUAUUGGUGAAAAAGGCGACUGAACUUGUCGCCAAUGCACCUACGCUGUUGAAACCAUUUGAGGGUCUCAAAUGUCCAGGUGAUCAUGAGCACGCCAAUUUGCUGGGAGGCAAUGCCACCGCCAGUGGACCUGGAGAUGAAGGAGAGGUGCCAGUUGAUGAGCGCUGGAGAAAGUGUAAGGGCUGCCUAUGGAGACUGCACAAGAAUGACCCAAGGCACACCCGACGUGAAGGUGAAUGCAAGCAUCCACAUGCAAGUCCUAUAGCCUGGGACUGUCCCGCUUGCAAGGUCGGGAAGCCUCGUUCAGCAGCCGGCCACACGUUUGAUGAGAAAUGUCGCUUCCCAGCAAUCCCCGAGAGAGCUUCUCUCGACGGAGUGCCUGCAGCAUCUGAGCCGACAGUAGACCUGCGUGCGUCCGACCUUGGGCGUGAAGAAGAAGCUGCUGCGGAAGAGGCCGUGGCCAAGGCAAAAGUGAAGCCCAGAGGCUCUCGCGACCCAGCUCCUCCAGAUGAGGACGAUAGUGAAGGUGAGCAAGAUGACCAGGAGCCACGAGCAGGUCGAGGCCCAGACCAGCAACAGCGGGUGCGCCGUACUUGGGGCGAAUCAGAGACCCAAACACCUGAUGGUUCAGACUGGACCUCGUUCGACGUGCAGUCGUCACUACGGGCACUUCGGCACGCAGACAUCCCUGGUCAGCGCAGGGUGCUUCGUAAGCUGCACCUUCGCUGGUGGCAUGCGGGUGCAGACAGAAUGGCUCGCAUGUUGAAAGGGGCCGGUAUACCCAAAGCCACACUAGAUCUACUGCCGAGCAUCUGCGACACGUGUCGGGUUUGUCGCUUGUGGGCAAGACCCUCGCCUGACGCCAGGCCCAGUAAUAGGUUGAUUACUGGGUUCAAUCAUGAAGUAGAAGGUGACCUCAUGUUUGUUAGGCAUCAGGGUCCAAUGCAAGCUGUGUUUGUGCUCACCGACAGGGGUGUCCGUUGGACAGCAGCCUUGCACGUGCCUGACAAGAAGACUCCUACUUUGUUAAAUGCCCUUGAUCAGAUGUGGGUCGCUGUUUUCGGACCCAUGAGCGUGUUCAUCAUGGAUGGUGAAACAGGCAUGGACGAUCCUGAGUCAACUGAGUACUUCCAGCUGCGAGGCAUAACCAAACGCACCGCAGCACCUCGCCAGCACACCAGAAUUGUGGAUCGCAAGAUCGCCGUCCUUAGGGACACCAUCCACAAGAUAAGCAGCCAGCUAUCUUCUGAAGGGCUGGUCGUGCCCUUUGUGCGUAUUCUCAGCGAGUCCACCUUCGCGCUCAAUGCGCUCAGCUCUGUUCAAGGCUGUUCACCAUAUGUUGCCGUGCUUGGCCGAGUGCCCUCGCUGCUUCCAGACGAUACCAUGGCUCUGAGCGAGAAUGUGUCAGGAGAUAUGUCCCGUCAUGCUCAUCGCUUGAGAGAGAUUGCUAUCUCAGCAAUAGUGGCUGGCACUGCCCAAGAAAGGAUCAAACGAGCCCUUGGUUCCCACUCCAGAGCGGCAGCAGUAGAGCUUGACUAUAAGUUAGGGGAAGCUGUCGACUACUUUAGGGACCCCGUCAAUAAGGAUAGCAGCGGUUGGAGAGGGCCAGCAACAGUAUGUGAUCUUUCCCGCACUGAGUUUGGUCGCAUUGGCAUACGCACAAGCACGGACCAGGUAUUGACAUGCCGAUUGCAGGACGUGCGGAGGAGCAUAGCUUAUUGGAGUGAUGAGCUUAGUGCUUUCUUCGGUGAGCAAGACCUAGUUGCACCAGCAGGAUCCCAGGCCAACUAUGCACAGCAGCAGCUGCAGCAUGUUGAUAGCCUGGCGAUUGGUACAGUGAUGACUGUCGGUCAGGUUCUGAGCAGUCAAGAAGGUUGGCUGGAAUCAGCCGCCGCCAAAGCGUUGCGUCCUAUGUUGCAAGCGUGCCAUUAUCUGGCAGAAAUUGUGUUUCAUCUUACCAAUGUUGCAGCCGCCCGUUUUGCCAAUGGUGUCCGAACCCUCACCCACAGGGAAGGAUACAGUGGCUCCUUCACACUGUGGUGGACUUCAACUGCUAGUCGAAGCAUUAACUUCUUGCAUUCAAAGGAGACCAAGUUGCAUGUGGCAUCGCUGGUGGGUGGCCAAGAGUGGCAACAUGUGCGUAUGAUCCAACUUCUUCUCGUUCCUGACGAAGAAGAGUGGCUCGCAGCUCGAAGCAGAGCUGAGGAGGAGCCACCAAUGCACACACCAGCCAGCAAUGCUGAAGCCAGCAGUGAAAGUCACGGUCGGUUGUCAACAAUACCAGAAGGGACAGAGAUAAGUGCUGUCUCCUUGGAAGACAUAAAGGACUUGUUUGGCGAGACCCUUCGGCCUGAGGAUGUGGAGCCUCUGAGCCAAGCGUACCUUGCCUGCGAAAAUGAGAAAUGUCCGUCCCAUCCUGAGGUCCCAGGACUUGAGCAGCUGCAAGAGCGUAUUGCUCAACAGGACUUGGAUUGCCAUGCUCCUACUCCUUGGGCUGAGGCACUCCAGCCAGAAGCCCUGACCAUGUUCACCUGUGCGCAGUUUGAUGAAGCCCUCGCGUACACAAGCACGGAGGUCGAGGCAGACUACUUGGAUGCAGACGAGAACGGCGCCUAUGUAGCGCUCGAAGCCUACGACGCAUGGGCCAAGUGCUUUGAAGGCCUCACCAGGCUCCCCAAUGCUGACGAGCACGUAGAAUGGAGAUUUUAUCAAAAUCAUACAAGAAAGGCUGUAAUAGAGAGGACGGAUGACCUCCUCACAUCGCAAGAGAAGAUCGAGCACGCAGCCGAAGUAACGCAGGCUAUACUUGACGAAUUGCGUACCUGGCAAUCCUUUAAAUGCUUUACCCGGCGUGCGAAGAAAUCAGCACCCUGCGUCAUAGACGUGAAAUGGGUUCUGAAGUGGAAGCACAUAAAGGGGGUCCGGCGCAUCCGAGCGCGCCUCUGUUUACGGGGCUUUAAAGAGACAGGUGCCGACGACCAAAGUAAUUACGCAGCUACAGCGUCAUGCUAUAGUCAGCGUGUUCUCGCAUCAGAAUGUGUGUUGAAGGAUUGGGUCAUCGCCAGCUCAGACGUACCGAAAGCGUUUCUUCAGGGCGUUUCUUACCAAGAGUUGGCAGAGGUGACCGGAAAACCGGAACGAGACGUGUGUUUCGAGCUCACCGGCGAAGGCUUGGCAUGCCUUCAGAUGUUGCCCGAGUUUAGUUCGUUCAAUCCUCGUACUGAGGUUCUUCACUGCUUGAAGCCGGGCACAGGAUGCCGGGAUGCUCCGAAAAGCUUCAGUGUCCAACUGCGUAAGAUCACAAAGCAGUACGGUUUUGUCUGCAGCACUGUUGAUCCAGAGCUCGAGAUGCUAUAUGCCAGUGAGGUGCUCAUCAUGAUUAUUCUUAAGCAUGUUGAUGACCUUAAGAUGGCAGGUCAGAAGCAUCAGAUCGAGAAAUUCGUUCAACAUCUUUCUGGUGUGUUUGGAAAAAUGGAGGUUGAGUAUGGUUCUUUCAUCUUCUGCGGCGUGCUGCGCACGCAGGCAGCAGACGGCAGCAUCACGAUGGAUCAGAUAAAGUUUCUUUCGGCGUGCAAGCCAAUGAUGCUGCCCCCGCUCAUAGCCAUGAAGCCUGACUCUCCUCUUCCUGAGCAUGUCAGACGUCAUUUUCUGAGUUUGCUGAUGACAGUGGCAUAUGGACUGCUCACUCGUCCAGAUGUGUCAGUGUUCAUUGCCGCGUUGCAACGUGAAGCUCAUGUGGCCAAGCCGAUCCAUGUGAAGCGUUUAAAUACAGUCUUGAAAUGGAUCCAAGAGAAUCCACGUCGUUUGACAUACCCCAAGAUGCCAUAUCCGGACACCUUGCUUCAGAUAUCUGAUUCCGCUUUUAAGGCUCGCGCAGAAGAUGGCCUUUCCAUGAGGGGAUUGGUCAGCGUGCGCGUGUGCAUGCAAGACGUGUUGGAUGGCAAGCCAGAAACGAAGUGCCACCUAGUUGACUAUGUGAGCAAAAGUCAGCGGCAUGUAACAAGGAGCACCUUCUCUUCAGAACUUUUUGCAGCUACAGAUUCUGUUGACUUAGGCCUCCUGAGUUCAAUUGUGUUACAUGAGUUGAAAGAAGGCGUCGUGUCGACAGACACAGCUCGCCAGUUGAUUGAAGGGACUCACAAGAGCUCGGUGGGUCUUGCUUUAGUCAUCGACGCGAGGAGUGUCAGCGCAGCCGUGACUGCGCCCAAUGUAAGAGUGCCUGCUGAGCCGAGCCUAAUGCUUCAUGUCUGCUGGCUCAGGGCACUCCUGGCAAAACAGCGGCUAACCCACUUGCUUUGGUGCGACACCAGGGCAAUGGUGGCAGACGCCAUGACCAAAGGCUCAGCACCUAGGGACCUCAUUCAAGCCGUAAUGUCUGGUCGACUUGUGAUGCCGCACAAGUAUGAGGAUCAGAUUCUUGCCUGA